CCGGGAGCUGGCUCUCGGGGCAAAGACAUGGCCCGGGGCCCCGGCCAGCUAGGCGGGCCUCGUCCGGACACCUUCAUCAUGCCCAAGAGAGGAAAGCGGCUCAAGUUCCGGGCCCACGACGCCUGCUCGGGCCGAGUGACCGUGGCGGACUAUGCCAACUCGGAUCCGGCGGUGGUCAGGUCUGGUCGGGUCAAGAAAGCCGUGGCCAACGCUGUUCAACAGGAAGUAAAAUCUCUUUGUGGCUUGGAAGUGUCCCAGGUUCCUGCGGAGGAGGCUCUCUCCGGGGUGGGUGAGCCCUGUGACAUCCUGGACAGCAAUGAAGAGAUGGACGCCCAGGAGGAAAGCACUCAGGAAAGAUCAGGCUCCAGAAAAAAGAAAAGCAAGAGACACAAAGAAGACAGUGAAGAUGAAAAAGAUGAUCAUAAAAAUGUACACCAGCAACGGCAGGCAGCAUCUAAAGCAGCUUCUAAGCAGAGAGAGAUGCUCUUGGAAGAUGUUGGCAGUGAGGAAGAGCCAGAAGAAGAUGAUGAGGCGCCAUUCCAGGAGAAAGAUUCUGGCAGCGAUGAAGAUUUCCUAAUGGAAGACGACGAUGAUAGUGAUUAUGGCAGUUCAAAAAAGAAAAACAAAAAGAUGGUUAAGAAGUCCAAACCUGAGAGAAAAGAAAAGAAAAUGCCCAAACCCAGACUAAAGGCUACAGUGACACCGAGUCCAGAGAAAGGCAAAGGGAAAGUGGGUCGCCCCACAGCAUCAAAGACAUCGAAGGAGAAAACUCCUUCUCCCAAAGAAGAGGAUGAGGAAGCAGAAAGCCCUCCAGAAAAGAAGACGUCUGCGAGCCCCCCACUCGAGAAGUCUGGGGACGAAGGCUCUGAAGAUGAAGCCGCUUCCGGGGAAGAUUAAAAGUGAUAUUUGGGGAGAGGUUGUAUUAGAAACAGAAAAGGAAACCUCCGUAGGACACGGUUUGGGCUGUGGCUCGACUCCUGGGCUUUCAGUGCUAUUUCAUUUGUCUAGAAUAAUGUUUUCCUCUCUAUCAUCUAUCUCUUCUCUCUCAAACCCAUUGUAUGCUUACGUGUUUAAGUUGCCAUUUUGUCUCAGUCUUUUCUUUGCCAAUCCCCUCCCCCUACAAAAGCCAUGUCAAUUAAUCACUGGAUUGUGUUUUUAAUGGAGGGAAGGAAUGCCAUGGCUGCAAAGCAAUAAGAUUUGAGGUGGACGCUAUGGAAACGGCUUUUUGCUAAAGAACAGCAUCUUGAACAGUAAUCAAAAACAAAAAACUAAAAAGGUUUUAAUUAAAUAAUUGUUCUUUCUUUUCCUGUACUUUUGACAGACAAGUUGUUAUUUAACAUGAGCUUAUAUGUUUAAACUGUAAAUGUCAAAAAGAAUCAUGACUCUUAAAUUUGUACUAGUGACACAGCAGUCGGGAGGCGAACAUGAAUUCUGGAUUGUUAACUCAGUACUCAGAUUAUUUCCUUGGGUGUGGAGGGAAUGGUGUUCCUGGAACUUAGUAUAUUUGUUAUUCUCAAAGAGAUUCAGAGCCAUUGGUUCUUUUGUCUUCAUAAUGAUCUUUUUUUUUUUAAAGUGGGCCACCAGAAUCAGUCUUAAUUUCAUAUUUCUUUCAUGUUUUCAUUGAUUCAAGUUUUUAAAAUACAUCCUGUUUUAGGGUAAAGUUUU